GCAGAUGGAAAGCAAGCAUGGAGACAGUCAAUCAGCCACUAUCCUAGCGUCUCCGCGCAUCCGAAGCUGUUGCUCCGGAGGCCUCGGCGAUCUCGAAUCUCGCGCGAAUCACGAGGGUCCGAUCGAUCGAGAGGAAUGCGAUGGAUUCCCUGGACGCAGCGGACCUGACGAAUCGACGAGCGAUGCCCCGCGCAGCAGGAGAGUCAUUCGUUCGCUCGCGCGACGAGAGAGAUGGCAGGAUUCAAGGAUUUGAAGAAGACGCGGAACAUUCUUCCGUCGAUCCCGCGGGCCGAUCGGCGGGCCGCGUGGCACGAGCCGGAGUUCGAGUACGAUGGACGAGAGCCGCCCAAGGCGUGGCUGGCGCGAAUGCGACGCCUGCAACAGAUUCACGGUUACAGCGACAAGGAGACGAUGCGAGUGGCCAACGAGUGCUUGAAGGGCGACGCCCGCCUCUGGUUCCGCAUCCACCAGCCGCAGUCGUUCGAUUCGCUGCGCACAGGAUUGCACACGCGAUUCGCCUCGGGCCCGAUCGAUCUCUCUCCCCAGCCUCCGCCCCAGCCUCCCGCGGUCGAAAUUAGGUCGCCGGCGACUCGUGCCAAUGAAUCCCCAUCGGCUUCCAGCGAUCAGUGCUCUUCUCGAUUCGGGAAGAGCACUAAGCGCUUUGCCAUCAAGCUUGGCCUCGGCGAGAGCUCCACGAUUUCAUUUUCGACCUCGAGCGGAGCUGCCUGUCUGAAGGCCGAGGAAGAGAAAUCCGUCUCUGCCAGUGGAGAGACGAGCAGAAAUUCGGGGUCCGUGGUAUUCAAGAAAUCCUUCUCCAUGAGCCCUCCUCCUUUUCAAUCCUCUGAGAAGGAGGAGGUGGUGGUGGCGCCGGCUCCGAGCCGUGAAAUAGCAGAGCGAAGAGAAAGCUCUGGCCACGAGCCACCAAAGAGCACGAUAAGGAGCACGGAAACUUUCUCCUUGUCUUCCAUGAGUAACUCUCUUUCUGCAAAGGAAGUGCUCUCGAGUGGCGGGCUGAAAUCGCUGAACUUCGUGUUGCCCAUUCAUGGGCAACAAGCAAUUGUGCAGUUCAAACACGCAAUACACUGCGCCAUGAAGGGUGAUUGGAGACAUAUGUCACCAGACUUCUGCAGAUUCUAUCUCCAGUGCUAUGGGAUGAGGACGUCUGGAUCCAAGAGUGAGCAGAUACAUCGAAUUAGAGAUCAUCUGGAAUUAACAGAUGGUUCUGGAGCACGGAAGUAUCCACGAAACUCGUUCAUCAUUGAUUGUACAGAUGAUUUGUGUGUGGGCGAUGUGAUCCUGUUUGAACAAAGAUUGAGAGAAGGAUAUGAUCUGCUCAAUGGCAAAGUAAAUGACAAUAUAAAGAGGAUCACAGUCGGUCGAGUUGUGAAACAUUCCAAAAGUCCUGCAUCCGAACAAGUUUUCACGAUUGAAGUAUACUGGAGCAGAGGCCCUCGUGCGUUUCGCCCAAUGCGAGCAGUGUGUAUCAGAGCAGUGGAUUUGAUGAAGUUGAAGCCCUCUCGUCAGAGGUGGUUGAAUGAGGAGUCUAGAAACCAAAUGCUUGAAGAGAAGAGAAAAUCCAAAUUGGAAAAACAGGUUCAGGAUUCAAAGGUGAAGAGAAAUAACAAAAUAUUCGGUCACAAGGUUAAAUCCAUGUGCGGGGAGAACUCUUGCUCUGAAGUCUAGACCCAUGUUGCUCUUGCGAUGGAGGAUAGCGGAACUGGACUCAUGAUGGGAAAUGGUAAAUGGACAACAGAGUCGUCUUCUCAAUUCACGUAGUUUAAAGUGGUCUUGGGCCUGAUGGAUCCAGCUCAAAACUUAUUUAAAAUCCAGAUGGCGCUGGCGAAGAUGCUUUGAUGCUUUACAGCCCGUGAAAAUACGUAUCUGGCGAUAAUACAUGCGUGAGAAAUAAACAAACGUUUGUUGUUUAGUCAAACCACUAUAGCUCCAGAAAGAUCUAGAUCGAUCAUUAAGAAGUGUGCUCUCAGCCGGAAAAGAUAGACUAGACUACUGAUCCUCUGGCAACCGAGAAGUUUAGAGAUUUGCCGAAGUCCUCAAAGCUGCUGUUAGUCGAAUCUGGUAUGAUCUGUGAUGUGGUAUGUGACUUUUUGAGUUUGUGUUUGAUGAGUUGAUGACGGAUGGCCCAUUAAGCUGUGAAAUACGAUGCGACUGCAAACUG